AGCAACUUCCUGUUAAGAAAGGGCCUUAACUCAAAGCUGAAGGAGAGAGUGUCUCUGACACUGCUCUGCUGUCUCUAGACCCCAAAAAAAACUGCUUAAGGAUUUUUUUAAAGGUGAAAACUCACCAGCAACAGAACCGACUGAUUAGACGCAUGAGAACACGACAUAUGGUGUCUUAGAAGCAGCGUUUGAACCUUUGGAUAUGGCAAGAUUUUUUGCGCUAGGACCCUUGAUUUUGGUCCUAUGCUUGGCCUUAUGUGGCAAUUCUGCUGACCAAUCCAUCAAUCCCACGCAACCCACUUCUCUUACCCCUGCCUCACCUCCCAUUAAAGAGCUCAAAACAACACAAAAAACUCCUGCACUCAGCUUUCAACAACAUACCACACAGUCUUCAUCUCAACCAGGUGCAGGAAAAAAUGGUGCUGACCCUCAAACAAAUCUCUCCACUCCCACCACUUCACCAAACACAUCUGCAGAUACCUCCGAAGGGAGCACUUCUAAUCAUAAAGAAACUCAGACAAACACAAUAGUCUCACCCGCACACACCAUGCAACAACAAAACACCAACACCACUGCAGGGAGCACUUCUAAUCAGAAAGAAACUCAGACAAACACAAUAGUCUCACCCGCACGCACCAUGCAACAACAAAACACCAACACCACUGCAGGGAGCACUUCUAAUCAGAAAGAAACUCAGACAAGUACAACAAUCUCACCCGCACGCACCAUGCAACAACAAAACACCAACACCACUGCAGGGAGCACUUCUAAUCAGAAAGAAACUCAGACAAACACAAUAGUCUCACCCGCACGCACCAUGCAACAACAAAACACCAACACCACUGCAGGAAAUGGUUCUGAAUGUAAAAACCUGAAUUGCACAUCGAUCUUACCCACACGCACCACCUCACAACAACAAAACACCAGCACCACUGCAGACCCUCAAACAAAUCUCUCCACUCCCACCACUUCACCAAACACAUCUGCAGAUACCUCCGAAGCAACUCAACCAGGUGAAAGAAAUGACACCACCUCACCUCCAAACACCACCAUCACACCUCUCACCUCCACGCACCCCAGCUCAACCUUACACGCAUUCACCAACAUCACGGGUACCACAGAAAUCCCAUGUCAGUACAGCCUUACGGAGAGUGUGAACGUAACAAUAGCCCGUGUGGUGCAUAUCAGUGGCUUCGAGAACCAAACAUACACAAUCAGGAUAAAGGAGAAGCACAAUGAGAUCCGUGUCCAAGAAAUAUCUAACCAAACUGCCUUUGAAAUACUGUUUGAAUGGUUAAAACCAUGCACUGUGUACAACAUCAGUGUGGAUGGCUGCAAACCCAAUGGAAGCGAGACUUUUAUUUCUAGUGAAAAAAUAGAUACUGUUCUAAAAACUGUUGUGACAAAUGUGACUGAGAAGAAAGUGUGUUUGAAAGGAGAAUUCACUGGUAUUAAAUGGAAUCUUACUGAAUGUGUUGAAAUAACUGAGCAAAACUCCUGCACAUCCACACACACCAUUAAACUGGACAAAUGUAACUACACAAUGAAUGUCCUCAUGCCCACAGUCAAGCCUAACAUAACCUUCAAAAAAACUAUUCCCUCUAAGUUUGAAUGGACAAAUAAACCAACACAAUGUAAUGCUAUGCUUAACAUCAAUUGCACCAAUGACGAGAACAAAAAUGGCACAAUUUAUGGUUUAAAUGCCUCAGUGUCAUUAUUACCAGACACACUGUAUUCUUGCAUUGGAGUAUAUCCUUAUGAGAAUCAAUCCAUCAAGAGUAAUGAGCUCUCCUUUGAAAUAAAUUGCGGUUGGCAAAAGAAUGGACGAUUUAAGAACACAACCAAAGACUCUUUUGAAAUAUCCUGGAAUUCACUUGAUGGAGAUGAAUGCUCAGGCAUUACAUGGGACAGUUAUUCAGCCAGCUGCAAAUUCCAUGAUAGUCAUCGUGAGCACUGUACAAAACACAAAAAUGGCAUUGGCACAGACUGCAGUAUUACAAACUUAUUGCCAUAUAAAAACUAUGAAUGCAGUAUUUAUGCAGAAUUCAAAAGUAAAAAAUAUUUACUGUUCUCCGGUACGAAUGCAACACUUUCUACCAAGCCCGAUUUCAAAUCAGACAUUGAAGUAACACACCCUUUUCACAAUUCUCUUGAUAUAAUAUGUGAAAACAAGGGAACAAAGAUAGUCUGGAAUGGAGAAAAAGGAACAUUCAUGGCUGAAAUCACAUACAAUGGAGAAACUAUCUCUAAAAACCGCACCAAAUGCUCAUUUACAUUUCCAGACCUUUACUACCUUACAACAUAUGAUGUGAAGAUUACAGCCGAGAAUAAAGAAGGACAUUCAGCUGUCCUUAAACAUGAAGCUACUACUAAAUACAAUGACAAGGCUGUCAUUGGAUUCUUGGCAUUUCUAAUCAUUGUGACAUCAGUUGCGCUCCUCUUCGUGCUGUUCAAAAUUUACCUUCUCAAAAGAAAGCGGACUGCUGAAGAUGAAGAGAUUCUUCUUACACCAGAACCCCUGCGCAGAGUUGAGCCCAUCUAUGCUGACGGUUUAGUGGAGGCUUACAAGAGCAAGAUCGCUGAUGAGGCCCGUCUGUUUAUGGAUGAGUUUCAGAGCAUUCCCCGAAUUUUCUCCAAUUACACCAUCAAAGAAGCGAAGAAACCAGAAAACCAGUUCAAGAACCGCUACGUUGACAUUCUGCCCUAUGACUAUAAUCGGGUAACUCUCUCAACUGGAGGUGAAGAGAGCUACAUCAAUGCCAGCUUUAUCGAGGGAUAUCAAGAGCCAAAGAAAUACAUUGCAGCCCAAGGACCCAAGGAUGAGACUAUUGGUGAUUUCUGGCGAAUGGUUUGGGAGCAAAAGUCAUCCAUUAUUGUCAUGGUCACCCGUUGUGAGGAAGGAAACAAGAUCAAAUGCGCUCAGUACUGGCCAUCUCUGGACAGAGAGACUGAGAUUUUUGAAGAUUUUGUGGUGAAAAUCCGAUCUGAGGAACACUGCCCUGAUUAUAUAAUUCGCCAUCUGAUCCUGACCAAUAAGCGAGAGAAGGCCUCAGAAAGAGAGGUCACUCAUAUCCAGUUCAUCAGCUGGCCUGACCAUGGUGUGCCUGGAGACCCCUGCCUGCUUCUGAAGCUCAGGAGAAGAGUCAACUCCUUCAAGAACUUCUUCAGUGGCCCGGUGGUGGUCCACUGCAGUGCAGGGGUCGGCCGCACAGGAACAUAUAUUGGCAUUGAUGCAAUGAUUGAAUCUGUUGAGGCAGAAGGCAGAGUGGACAUCUAUGGAUUCGUAGCAAAACAACGUCGCCAGCGUUGCCUCAUGGUUCAAGUGGAGGCCCAGUACAUACUGAUCCACACUGCUCUGAUUGAACACAACCAGUUUGGAGAGACAGAGGUCUCACUGUCUGAAUUCCACUCAGUGCUCAACACCCUCAGACAGAAAGAUGGCAGUGACCCCAGUUUGCUUGAAAUGGAGUUCCUGAAACUCCCUAAAUUUAAAAAAUGGAGAACAUUUAACACGGGAAGCAUAGAGGACAACAAGAAGAAAAACCGCGACUCAGCUGUUAUCCCAUACGACUUUAAUCGAGUCCUGUUUAGACUUGACAUUGAGGGAAACCAGACCAGUGACCCUGAGGAUGAGGACGAGUAUUCAUCAGACGAGGAAGAAGAAUCAAACGAAUACAUCAACGCCUCAUUCAUUAAUGGCUACUGGUGUAGUAAGAGUCUGAUCGCAGCACAGGGGCCUUUACCAAACACAACGGAAGAGUUCCUGCUCAUGCUGGACCAGCAACAAACUAAAACACUGGUCAUGCUCACAGACUGCCAAGAGGAUGGCAAGGAUUAUUGUUGUCAGUAUUGGGGAGAUGAAAAGAAAACGUUCGGAGACAUGGAAAUUGAGGUAAAAAAGACAGAAACCUUCCCAACGUACGUGAGACGGCGUCUAGAAAUACAGUCCUCAAAGAAGAAAGAGAUCUUGGAGGUGGAUCAGUACCAGUUCCUGAAAUGGAAAGGCCGUGAGCUUCCAGAGAACGCUCAGGAGUUGAUAGAGAUGACAAGGAUCAUCAGAGAGAACGGCAAUUAUGACAACAGCAAAAUGAACCGGAAUGUCCCCAUAGUGGUGCACUGCAACAAUGGCUCAUCUCGUACCGGAAUCUUCUGUGCCUUAUGGAAUCUCUUGGACAGUGCCUACACAGAGAAGCUGGUGGACGUCUUCCAAGAGGUCAAAAACUUGCGCAAGGAGAGGCAGGGGAUGGUGGAAACAAUAGAGCAGUAUCAGUUCCUCUACUCGGCUCUAGAGGCCGCUUUCCCGGUGCAGAACGGCGCCGUAAAGACGACCCCUGCAAAGGACAGCGCGCAGGUCAUCAGCGAAACGACGGCGCUCCUCACCGAGCCCAACAGCACUUCCGGUGCUGACCAGAAGGAGGCGGAAGAGCGCACAGCCGCAGAGAGCAGUGAGCAGGAGGCCAAGGAGAGCAGCACUGCUGAGGCGCCACCAGCAGAGGGAGACGGAGAGAAAACCCCAACCGAGGGCACGACCAAUGGCCCUGCCGCCACUGUAGAGGUUUAAGCAUUUUUGGGGCUAAAAUGUUUUCGCUAAUUUGACACCAAGUGUCAAGGAAAGAUUUUGAAAAAGUGCUUUUGAUUACUUGUUUUACAUUUGAGUUUUACUGUACAUUGGAUGUUAGAUCAGCGUUUGUUUUUUUGUGGAGAAUUCGGGUUAGCAUCGGACCGAUCCAUUAAAACUUACGUUUCCGCCUCAGGUUUCGGGUUUGAAUUUCUGUAUAAUGAUGCUGUUUGUGUGAAAUCUGUGCAUAUUGAUAAUGUUUAUUCACAUGUGUAAAGGUUUUGCUGUAUGAUUUGAUUUUUAGGCUAUCAAAUUGCGUUUUGAAUGUAUUGUAAAAUAAGACCUUACAAACGAUAUUUCAGGUUUUUAUAAUAUUUUUAGUUUGGAAACUGUAUGAAAGAACAGUCUUAUUGCUUUUAAAUUAUAGUGUCUGAAAUGUUUGAUGGAAGUGAGUGCAUAAAAGCAUAAAAGUUCGAGAACAACCAAAGAAAAAAAAAAAA